CGGAGGCACAACCACAAGUUCCAUGUUCCACGGCACGCUCCAGGAACAACGCUUCCGAGCUCGCUCACAGAGAAAAAUGUUCAGAGCAAACUGGACAUAACCGUGAGGUGCUAUGCGCACGCAGCGCGUUGUUUUGCAUUAUUGUUGGAUAAUUCGGGACCUGGGUUAUUGAACUUCCUUUGAACUUCUGCCGUAUCGGACUAAUUCUCACAACGUGACUUCGGAAUGGAGGGAAAUGCAGAGGUGAGAAAAUGAACGUGCAUCUCACUAAAGGCAUCGACACGUUCUUCAACCACGCAGACAUUACAAGCAGGACUGGCUGCGGUGUCAGGUGCGGAAAUGCUCCCGUUAGUUUGGUGUGUGCAUGUUGCAGCCGGGGCGAGGGAGAUAAAAAGCCCUUGGUUAGCUGCCAUUGGACCGGACAGUGACUGGGGUUGACGGAUGUUUGUCCGCGGAAAUAUGUUUUGGCGAAGCGAGAUCAAUAUUACUUUGACGCUGGCCACAAGAGUAGGUGCCAGCCUCCAUAUUCUUUCACCAAGCGUCAAGGAGAACCUGUCUGUCGAUUCUAAUGGACAUACUAACAGCCAAUCCAAUACCAUGAUAUACGUUAUCUCCCCUCGACAUCAGUGACCUGUCGCACUACACCUUGAUGGAUUAUUUACUAAGGAGGACUUUGAGUAUUAUUAUUUUUUUUUUUUUACAUGAUCGAGUCAAUUUAUUCAUUACCUGCCGUAGCUCAUUUUGAUAUCGGAUCGGAGUUGAACGAGACAGGAUGCUGUAUCCAGAUGUCAGCCUGACAGAUGCGGUGGAUGGUGCUUAGUGCCUCCGCCAGACUUUCGUGCUUUCCCGACCUGGAUUAACUCUUCUGUUGGCGGCAAUUUCCACGCAUUCACCACCGGCAGGCACAGACACAUGCUUCUUAUACAGGAUAUUCCACCUCACUCGCUGCCAGUGGCGAACCAGAGAACACGAUGUUAAAAUGAUUCAUACUCAUGUCUAUCACCCACACUGUAUGAAAAUGCUAAAAGCUGCACAUGUCACUGAGGCUCCAUGCCUUUCAACUGUAGCCAAUGCAAGUAUAUACUUCAAAUGUUUUACAUGGAUGGAAAUACUUGAACUGAAUAUACUCUCUCAAGUACUUUUAGAGAGAUAUAUUGGGAUUAUUAAGGACUAAACUUUUUUUGGGGGACAUUGUCAUGGCUGAAAGGUGCUUUAAAAGCUUAACAUUUUUUCUUUGCUUAAUCAUCACCGGAGGUGCUUUUUCUGGCAUUUUCAAUGCGUCCGACAAAGAUUUUUUCAGAGACUUUAAUAAUAAUAAUGGUCAGUCCAAAGUCACCGCAGGUGGUGGUGGUGGUGGUGGUGGUGCAGGUGAGAGAGCGCCGCCAGAUCUGCGCCGGCUCCAGGCCGCGACCACCACCACCACCCACCCGCACCCCAACCUCUACUUCACCCAGGCGGACCUGCCCCUGAUGAGGCAGCGGGCGGCCACCACACACGGCCACAUCUUCCGUGUGAUCCGCUCCGCCGUGCUCACCAUGCUCUCCAGCCCUCAGCUCUACAUGCCGCCGGCCCGGCACGACCAGUUCGCCAGCAAGUGGAACGAGAUCCACGGCAACAACCUGCCGCCGCUGGCGCUGUACUGCCUGCUGUCCCCGGAGGACGCGCCCGCCCUGCAGUUCCUGCUGCGCUUCAUGGACCACAUGGCGGCGUACCCGGACUGGCUGGUGACCAGCGCGCCCAACGACGAGGUGCCCGCCGCCCACUCGCUCACCGGCUUCGCCACCGCCUUCGACUUCAUCCACGCCCACCUGGACCCGCGCAGGCGCGAGCUGUACGGCAAGAAGAUCCGCGCUGAGACCAAGGAGCUGUACGAGACGUCCAAGUACAGGGGCUGGGGGAAGCAGUUCCUCCAGAACCACCAGACCACGAAUAUACUCGCCGUCCUCACGGGGGCUGUGGUGGUGGGCACGCCCGACGACCCAGAGAGCAUGGUGUGGAAACAGGUGGCGGUGAACUACAUGGAGAAGACCAUGUUUUUACUCAAUCACGUGGUGGACGGCUCGUUGGACGAAGGGGUGGCGUACGGCAGCUACACGGCCAAGUCGAUCACGCAGUACGUGUUCCUGGCCCAGCGUCACUUCAACAUCGACAACACGCAGAACAACUGGCUGCGGAACCACUUCUGGUUCUACUACGCCACCCUGCUGCCGGGUUUCCAGAGGACCGUGGGCAUCGCCGAUUCCAACUACAACUGGUUCUACGGGCCCGAGAGCCAGCUGGUGUUCCUGGACUCGUUCGUGAUGAAGAACGGCACGGGCAACUGGCUCGCUCAGCAGAUCAGGAAGCACAGGCCCAGGGACGGGCCCAUGGGGCAGUCCACCGCACAGAGAUGGACCACGCUGCACACAGAGUACAUCUGGUACAACGCUCUGCUCACACCCCAGCCCCCGCACGGCUACGGCGCCCCUAAAAUGCACAUCUUCUCCAACUGGGGGGUCGUGACCUACGGAGCCGGCCUGCCCAACAAUCAAGGCAACACGUUUGUCUCCUUCAAGUCCGGCAAGAUGGGAGGCAGGGCCGUGUACGACAUCGUCCACGCCGGUCCUUACACCUGGCUGGACGGCUGGAACAGCUUCAACCCGGGCCACGAGCACCCCGACCAGAACUCGUUCACCUUCGCCCCGAACGGUCAGGUGUUUGUGUCGGAGGCGCUGUACGGCCCCAAGUACAGCUACCUGAACAACGUGCUGGUGUUCAGCCCCUCGCCCACCAGCCAGUGCAAUGCACCCUGGGAAGGUCAGCUGGGGGAGUGCGGCAAGUGGCUGCGGUGGACGGACGAGGGGGUGGGGGAGAGCGCGGGCGAGGUGGUGGCGGCCUCCUCCCACCACGACAUGAUGUUUGUGAGCGGAGAGUCAGCGCAGGCCUACUCCCCCGCCAUGCGCCUGAAAAGUGUGUACAGGUCCCUGGUGCUGCUCAACUCCCAGACUCUGUUAGUGGUCGACCAUGUGGAGAAGCGCGAAGACUCCCCCGUCAACACCGUCAGCGCUUUCUUUCACAACCUCGACAUCGACUUCAAAUACGUCCCGCUACACCGCUACAUGGACAGGUACAGCGGGGCGCUAAUGGAUGUGUGGGAUGCCCAUUAUAAAAUGUUCUGGGUUGACAGCCAGGGACACAGCCCGGACACACGCAUUCAGGAGGCAGAGCAGGCGGCCGAGUUUAAAAAAAGAUGGACGCAGUUCAUUAACGUCACCUUCCCCGUGCAGAAGACAAUAAGCAGGAUGGCCUACGUGAUGCACGGGCCCUACGUCAAGGUCUCCGGCUGCCGCUUCCUGGACGGCGGCGUCAGCAAAAACGGCGUGCGCCUCUCCGUCGUCAUUAACAACACAGAGAAAAUCGUCUCCAUAGCGACCAACCACAGGGACAUCGGGGCGCGGACCGCCUACCUGGGCUUCGGCGGCUUCGCCAAAGUCGAGGACCUGAAUCAGGUCACGCGUUUCGGCCUGGGCACCCAGCUCGUGCCCAAGCAGACCUCGGUGGACAGCCAGCUCUUCCACUUCGGCUUCACGGUGAACGUGAUAGCCGGCGUGGUGCUCUGCGCGGCCAUCGGCUUUUUGACUCUGUUCAGGAAGUUCUAUUUAUGUUUUAGCAAGCUGAUGCGCUACGCUCUGCUCUCCGUCCUCAUCCUUUGGAUCUUUGAACUGCUGUUCGUGUCCAACACCUGCGACCAGCUGCUGUGUGGGGUGAAGUGGAAAGGUGCGGCCACCAGCGCUGAGGUCGUGAGCAGACACCCGAGCAGCAUGUAUGAGCCACAUGUGCUGCGCUUUCCCUUGCCGACCGUCGUCAUAACGACCCUGCCCGGCUCGGGCUCGGACAUCCUGAAGCACCUGUUCUACAACAACACGGACUUCGUCUACCUGCACGUGCCCACCGAACACCUGGACAUCCCCGAGACGGAGUUCGAGUUUGACUCUCUGGUGGACGCGUGCGAGUGGUCACGAGCGGACGCACAGCAGGGCAAGUACAAGAUCAUCCAGGGCUGGCUGCACUCGCUGGUCCACGACACACACCUGCACCUGCAGAACAUCCCCUUGCACGAGACCGCGCGGCCCAAGCUCUCCGCCCGCUCGGGCUCGGGCUCGACGUUGGCACGGGACCGCCGGAGACGCGCGCGCCGGAGAGAGCUGGCGGCGGACGUCAAGGGGAAGAUGCGUGGCAGCGUGGAGCGGGACGUGGAGUACGUGCGCGAGCUGCGGCGGCACGUCGUCGAGUACCCCAACGCCCGCGUGGUGCUGAACCUCCGCAGCGGCAGCUGGACGCUGAAGCUGCCGUUCAUCCAGGAGGUGGUGGGCCCCUCGCUGAAGGCCAUCUACGUGGUGCGGGACCCGCGCUCCUGGAUCUACCUGAUGCUGUACAACAGCAAGCCCAGCCUGUACGCCCUCAAGAACGUCCCGCAGCACCUGGCGCUGAUGUUCAAGGAGGACGUCAACAGGAACAGGUGCCCGGCGUUCACGCAGGAGUUCCGCCCGCUGUGGCGGCUGCUCUCGCGCUCGGAGACCAACCCCGUGCUGCUGCUGGCACACCUGUGGCUGGCGCACACCUCCGCCGUGCUGCGGGUCAGCGGCGCCCUGCCCGAGGCCUCCUACCUGCAGGUGAGGUUCGAGGACGUGGUGAACUUCCCCCAGGACGCGGCCCAGAGGAUACACGGCUUCCUGGGCGUGCCCGUGACGCCCGCCGCGCUGAACCAGCUCAUGUUCACCACCUCCACCAACCUGUACAACCUGAUGUACGAGGGGGACAUAUCGCCGGCCAACAUCAACAUGUGGAGGCAGAGCAUGCCCCGCAAGGAGGUCAGGCUCAUCGAGGAUACCUGUGGCCUCUUGAUGAAGAGGCUGGGAUACUCCAGGUACACCAGUUGAGGAAAAAAACAAACAGACAAACAAACAAACAAUUGCUGCGGGCCAGCGAGUUAUAAUAUAAUAGAGCUCAUUACAGUGAUGGUCAAAAUGGGUUCUUCAGUUACAAUAUUGGGCCACAUAUUCCAAAUGCCCUUCCUUGUUCAGUGUUGCCAGAUUUGUCUGACCAAAUCCGCCCAAAAGGUUCUCAAAAACCGCCAAAAUGCGCUAAAUUUCGCCCAAACUCAACAAAUUACAUUGACCUCUAUGGGCCCAAAACGGCUGAAAAAAACGCCAAAUGGCCAAUUUUUCCUGUUUUUACCUGCCGACGCUCAUCCCAAUUAGCCCAAUUGGGCGGGCACCCGCCCAAUCUGGCAACACUGUCCUUGUUUUACCUGUCCUAUUCAACCAGGUGAUCAUUCAACCAGCCAACCACCUGACUGAAGCCAAGUCAUUUGGAAUAUGUGGCACUGGAUUGUGACUAAUGAAUCAAUUUUGCCCAUCCCUGGUGGUCAUACAAAUGAAUAAUAGUGAUGCCUAUUUAUUUAGUUUGUGACUUGUUUCAUGUUGUAUUUUUGCACUGAUGAUGGUAAGAAGAGACGUGUGUGUUUACAUAAACUGGAGGAGCAAAAAGGGAAUAUUAAAGGUAGCCAGCUACAGGUGGUGUGGAUAUUUUUUUCUUAAGAGAUAUCUGUACGUAUAAUCAUGAUGUUUUUUUUUUCUUUUUUGUUGGUAAAUAGAUAUUAACUUUUAUAUUGAAUUGAGAUUAUAUGAUAUACUUUUACUGUUAUUCUGUUACACGGUAAAGAAGUGAUGUUGAGUUGCAACUGUUUCUUUGGGGUGUGAUAGUUACAUAUAACUUAGUUGCCUCUGAGAAUUUAUAUCUAUCUAUAAACAUGAUAUAUUAUUUUGUAAUUGCCAUAGCUAUCUCUGUUAUUAUGACCGUCUUUUAAGUUGCCACAAACAUGCGUAUGUUGUGUCACGUUGUCACAUUACGGUGUGUUUUUUUUUAAAACUUGCAGUAACUUUAACAAUGGGAGGUUGCUCAUACUGAAACUGUUGCUGCACAGUAAAAAGUGCAGUGUUCAACGCUUAGAGUCAAUUUAACACUUGAGUACACCAGAGUACUCUCUAAGUCAGGGGUGAGGAACCUUUUUCAUUCGUAGGGCCACUUCAAAUUUCUCAAAAAAUCCAGCAGGGGUGCAUUUCUCAAAAGAGAAGUUGUUAGCCUGUUACCAACUUCGGUA